AUGGACAGGAAACAGAGGAGAAGGACAAACAAAAGUGCUGGAGCGCCGAUCCAACUCGCGCGCGUGUUGGGGUCAGGCUCCAACAAGAUAAAAAGGAAAAUCCGUGACAUUGAGCGCCUGCUGCAAAAGAAAAAGGACGUCCUCCCUGAUACUGUUCUGAUCGAGAAAGAGCGUGCACUCGAAGCGCUGCGACUUGAACUACAUAACGCGGAGCAGCGUGUCAAGAUCCAGAACAACGCCAAGAAAUAUCAUAUGGUGAGGUUUUUUGAGCGCAAGAAGGCGCUAAGGCGAUACACCAAAUCUGUGAAGGAAGGAGAUGCCGAUGCGGUUCGUGAAAGGUCCAUCGAUCUUUGCUAUGUCGUCAAUUUCCCAAAAACUGAAAAGUACAUUGCGCUUUACCCCUCUGAAGAAAGCGAGUCUCGCGACACCGACGACAAGAAGGGCGUGGCCAAGACCGAGGCCAGAAGAGCUCAGUUUCGUGAUCUUGUCGCGGCGAAAAUGGACGCAGGCACCUUGCCUGUUCCUUUGAAAGACAUUCUCAAAGGCAAAAAGCUGGACCGCGACGAUACCGGCGUCCAAUUGGAGACCGGGGAAAGCCGCGCUUCCAAGGAAGCUUCAAUCUCUGAGUCUGAAAAGGAGGACGAGGACGAAGACGACUUCUUUGAGUAA